AUGGCAGACAACACUAAGGAUCAAGAACAAAUGAUCCCAGAAUUUGAACUUCCAGGAUUUAGAUUCCACCCCACAGAAGAAGAACUUCUUGAGUUCUACCUCAAGAGCGUGGUUUUUGGGAAGAGACAGCGUUUUGACAUAAUUGGUUUUCUCAAUAUCUACCACCAUGACCCUCGGGACUUGCCUGGGUUGUCGAAGAUUGGAGAAAGAGAGUGGUAUUUUUUUGUGCCAAGGGACAGGAAGCAUGGCAGUGGAGGAAGACCUAACAGAACCACUGAAACUGGGUUCUGGAAAGCCACCGGCUCUGACCGCAAAAUUGUGAGCCUCUCAGAUCCAAAGAGGAUCAUUGGGCUCAGAAAGACUCUUGUUUUUUACAAAGGCAGAGCCCCAAGAGGAACCAAGACUGAUUGGGUCAUGAACGAGUAUCGUUUGCCUGAUAACUGCCACUAUCUCAAGGACAUAGUGCUAUGCAAGAUAUAUAGGAAGGCAACUUCCUUGAAAGUCCUAGAGCAAAGGGCAGCAAUGGAGGAAGAGAUAAAGAACUUUCAUGCUUCUCCAAACACAUCAUCUCCUCCAACAUCAAUGGAGACCAUCUCAUUUUGCAGCCAACCACAGGAAGAUCUGACCCUACAAAUGCCCAAAAACAAUGUGGUAUUGAAGCAAGAAAUGGAAGAUGCAUCACUAACAGAAGCAAAAGAGCCAAAGGAAGAGAAGGCAAUGGAGAUCAAAGGGUCUCCUCCUCCUCCUACAUACAUAUUGCCAGAGCUCCAAGUGCCAAGAUUGAGCAUGGACUGGACCCAAGACACAUUUUGGACCCAAAUGAAUAGCCCUUGGCUUCAAAACCUGACCCCUUUGCCCAACCUUCUCAACUUCUAA